UUUUAGAUCUCUUCCGCCUUCUACAGUUUCUGCAUCCUUGUGCGCUUGUUUUCGAUAAGGUGAAGCACAGAGGGGAUGAGGAAAGAUUUGGGCCUUCAAUAACGCCACAAAAGACGGCGCUGCCUCAAAAUUAAGAAAUGCAUAUUUGUUUGCAUUUUACAUCCUUCGAUCCAACAUUUAAAAUGAAGAUUGCUGUUUGGUUUGUGCUUGUGCUGGGUGCGCUCUCUGCAGCAGGCGACGUGUUUCUCACAAAACCCGGACAGAGUGCCACCUUGAAAUGUGGGGUCAACAACUUCGUCAACAGCCUGGAGUGGCGUAAUGAAAAGGACCGGAUUUAUAGCCAAGAUAAGGGAUUCCCCCGCAGAGGCCAAGGUGACAUUGCAGAUAGGUCACAGCUGAGGAACACAAAUCUGAGGAUCAGUGGAGUGAAGGAACAAGAUGCCGGAAAGUUCACUUGCGAGGUAGAUGGGACAGCUCGAGAACAUACACUUCUUGUGGUCUCAGUCUCGGUCAGCUCCUCGGCUGAUCUCCGGCUGGGCGGCACGGCUACGCUGCAGUGUCAGGUAAAGGGUCUGAGCCCAGACUCUACAGUGCAGUGGAAGAGGCCAGAUGGAAGGCCGCACAAAGGGUCACAGAUAGUUCAGCUGUACCCUUUGGCCCGCUCAGAUGUAGGAACCUGGAUCUGCGUGAUUUCCCAUGCCGGGAAGACGUUCAACGAGAGCUUAGACAUCAAAGUUGCAGAGCCUGCUCAUACAACACCUGCACCAGUCCCUCCCAAAAGCACCAAGGAUAACCGUGCUGCUGCCCCUUCGUCCAAGCUGGGGCUCAGCUGGUGGAUGUGGGUUGUAAUUGGAGUUGGCUGCGCGGUUGUGCUCCUCCUGAUGGCCUUUGUCGUUUGCUUGUGCAAGAGGAUCAAAAGAAGGAGGAGAAAAUUGCGGAAGAUGAAGAAUGGCCGCCAGCGACUGAAGCCUGAGCAGUACUGCCAGUGUAACCACCCAACAGCUGCAGCAAAACCGCAGCAAGGACGCCGGAGAGAGAAGCCAUCAGCCCCCCCUCUGCAACCCCUCCUAAUGGGUUGACAUGAAAGGCCGAUCGAGGAACGGAGAGAUCGACAGCAAGAGAAAGAAAGAAAGACAGAGAGAGAGAGGGAGCAAGAGGAAGUGGAAAGAGAGGAAAAGAUAGAGAUAAAGAGAGAGGGAGAGCAAGUGAAAGAGAACCCCAGUGUGAAUAUGGCUUGAAUGUAAAUGGGCUUUUGAAUGCUCUUGAUGGAAAAAAAAAAAUCAAAUGUGAUGAUGUGGGCACUUGGAGCUUUUUCACCAAAUAUAACCA